UUCCAAGCUGUCAACACUGCUGGUAGGAAACGUAUGGUCAGCGUCAUUAGUGCCUUUGGCUUUGUUAGAGAAAGGUUGCACAACUUUACAAGAAAUGGACUGAAUCAUCAGGCUGCACUAAAAUAAUUCAGCAUUGUUUUAUUUGUUCAUUUGGCUUGCGGAGUGCUGAGGAGGAACGUGUCUGUCUUCUGAUAUAGAGAUGAACUUAGUUUGAACUUGGCUUGCUGCUCGUAGUCAUCCUCAAACUUCACCACUUCUUACUGACCCUUUGUGUGGCCAUCAGCACCCAUGUACAGCAGCGGCUACUCUCACGUCUCCAAGUCCAGCCCGCAUGCCCAAAAGAAGAUGCAGUACCGCUCAAAGGGCAAGAGCUGCGGCUACUACAUGCGCAUUGUCUUCUUCUUCUCCUCGCUCAUUCAGUCUCUCAUCAUAGUCAGCCUGGUGCUCUUUCUGGUCUAUGGUAAGUCGCAGGACUCGGCAUCCAUGUCACGCAUUCAUGACCUGGAGGAGAGCUUCAGCCGACUCUCCAUAGAAAACGUCUUACUGAGGCAGCAGAGGAAGAACCUGACCAACUUACUCAACACCACCCUGACAGAGAAAGCCCGUAAUGACUGGGACCUGGUCAACCUCCGCUACUUCUCCAACAUCUCAGCCAUUCUCAUCCAAGAUAUGGACAGGAAGAUGCAACAGUGCUACAGCGAGUUGUUCCUUUGCAAGAGCUCAGGACGCUACAACUCCCACUGCCAACCCACAUUACAACUCCCUGAUACCUGUAACUGUGGGCUGCUGGUUGAACGGCUGAAAGCAAGGCUUGAGCUUGUUGAGUCCAACUUCACGCAAACCACACAGAGGAUGAGGAUGGAACUGGACCAGACCGCCAAAGAGAGGGACAACCUUAACUUGGAGGUCAUCCGUCUGCGGAGGGAAAGAUCCACACAUGAGAAGGAGGUGGACUUCUUCAGGCAAAAAUGCAAAGAUGACUUCACUCAGUCUUUGAGUGGUAUCUCCAACGUCUCCAAGGCUUUCCUAGACAAGAUCUCUUCCCUCGUCCCCUUGCACAGCCCCUUCCACCUCACCUGUCCCAGACAGAGGGAGCACCUGGAGCAGAUCCGCACCAACUGUACCAGCCUGUCCCUGGAAGUGGAGGACAAGUUCCAGCGUUACCUGAAUAAUGUGGGAACACAGGUGUCAAAGAUCCAGGGUGAGAACAGCCGCCUGAAGGCAGAGAACUGGCGACUGUCUGAAGACUACCGCUGGUGCAGCACCAACCGCACGGGCCUGAUCCUGCAGAACAGACAGAACUUGGACAAGAUGCAGCGCAAAUAUGAUGAGGAGAAAGAGAGACUCCUGAUAGACAAGAUGAGGCUGAAUGGAGAGAUAGAUGUCCUGAAAAGCAACAUCAAAUAUAAGAGUAGAGAGAUUGAUCACAUGGGCGAGCAACUGAAGCAACUCAACAUGUCCUGCAUGUUCAAGGCAGGGUUUGGUGGACUUCCAGGAGGCUCAGCCUCUCGGCCAGGCACACAGUCCCAGUCUGCAUGGGGCUUGCCCUCUGGUGGUGGUUCCAGCUCUUAUGGUAUAAGUCAGACUAGUAGGGUAGGGUCAGGUGGGUUGGGUUCAAACUUAGGCUCCUAUGGGUCAGGUAUCAAUAAGCCAUCAACUGGAGCAGGCUCUUCAAGCUCAUCCCUCUUUAACUCUGGGUCCAGUAGCUCCAGUGGAUCAGCAUACAAUAAGCCAUCAACUGGGGCAGGCUCUUCAAGCUCAUCCCUCUUUAACUCUGGGUCCAGUAGCUCCAGUGGAUCAGCAUACAAUAAGCCAUCAACUGGGGCAGGCUCUUCAAGCUCAUCCCUCUUUAACUCUGGGUCCAGUAGCUCCAGUGGAUCAGCAUACAAUAAGCCAUCAACUGGGGCAGGCUCUUCAAGUUCAUCCCUCUUAAACUCUGGGUCCAGUAGCUCCAGUGGGUCAACAUACAAUAAGCCAUCAACUGGGGCAGGCUCUUCAAGCCUGUCCCUCUUUUCAUCUGGAUCCAGUAGCUCCAGUGGGUCAACAUACAAUAAGCCAGGCUCUUCAAGCUCGUCAUCUGGGUCCAGUAGCUCCAGUGGGUCAUCAGUCAGUAAGCCAGCAUCAACUGGGGGACUUUUCUCAAGCUUUGGUUCAUUAGGCUCAAGCUCUAGCUCUAGUGGGACAGCAAAUAAGCCAGCAGUGAACACGAAAGUCACAUCACCCUUAGGGACAUCCUCUGGGUCAAGUGGGUCGAGUGGGAUAGGCGCAAAUAAACCAACAACAAAUCUGAAAACCCCCACUAGCCCUGGGUCAUCCUCUGGGUCGACUGGAUCGACAAGUAAAAGUGGGUCAAGCAGCUUAUCUUGGUUCGGGUUUGGGGGCAGUAGUUCAGGACAAAGUAAGACAGGAACUGGAACAGGAAAAGGGCCAUCAACUGGGAAUAGUUAUGGUGGAUCUGGAUCAUCGUUUGGUGCAGGAAGAACGAGUGGAGGUGGCUCAAUCAGCGUCGCUCAACACCUUAAAGAUCUGCAACGCCUCAUCAACCCCUCUGGCCCAGAAGAGAAACAAGAUCUCUCCAGAAUGCUGGGCUAGUCCACCUUAUAACUUAAAAGAGAUUUAUCUUCAACUGCAUUUAUUCUGCACACCUAAAUCUCACGUUGGAGUUCACAUAUUUUAUAUCAAUAAAUGUACCAUUUAUGAUGCUGUGACAUUUUAUACUUCAAUAUGCAUUUAGAUUAGGAAUUUGAAUAUCUUUUGCACUUUAGAAUGUGAAAUGUGAAGUUUGUGUGUUAUGAUUUGUAUCUCCGCAGUAUGAUCAAGAACAUAAUGUAUUUUUAGACUGUAAAUAAAGACAAAUAAAACCUUUGUUUGAACGUAAGCACAUCAA